AAUCAGUAAUCACCCUGAUUUUUUACCUUAUCUGGUUUUUAAUAAUAUCUCGAUUUUAUAGUAUUUAUUUUUAUUUUAUGGGAUUGUGAGAAACUGAUACUCAUAUCAUCGUGUAUCUUCUCCUUCACGCAUUUACCAAAAGCCAUUGAUUUUUCUGACAAAUACUUCCAGAAUCUUCCUUUUUUCAUUUCUUCUAGCUUAUCGUUUACAGGUGAACUCUAUUUCUUUCUCCUCUUCUUCCGGAAGAUCACUGGAAUUCUGUAAGUUAGGGUUUUACAUAUAUGUACUGGUUUUGUUAUUUUUAAGAAUUUCGAACAUUUUGUUAUAAAAUUAUACUCCGUUUGAAUCUUUAAGGUUUUUGGAAAAAAUUAGGGUUUUUGAACAGUAGUGAUGGAAGGGAGUGAUGAAACUGGAGUUAUGCAUAGAAAUCAAUCUUCAUUUGAAAAUUGUUCAUCAUCAGCUAAUAAACAAAGUAGUAAUUUUCAAAUGGGAAUCAAUGGCCAAAUGCAGAAUUUGACUGUAAAUGUAAUGGAGAAUAAUAGUAGUAAGAGACCUGCUGGUAUACCCCCAUCGCAUCCACAUUCUCACUUUGUAUCUCCUAAAAAUAUUCCACAACAAGCAGGAGGAAAUCAGAAUUUCAGUAUGACGUCGACACACUCGAGAUCUUUAUCGCAAUCGUCGUUUUUCUCGUUUGAUAAUUUGCCUCCUUUGAGCCCUUCCAUGUUUAGGGACUCUGGUGGUCUGGGUUCAGGGUCAAGUGAUGUUUCUAUGGAGGAAAAAGAAGGUUGUGGGAUUCGAGGAGCGAGUGGAGUUUAUGUAAAUGAGGGCUUACCACCUCGUAGAGGGCAUCGAAGGUCCAGUAGUGAUGUUCCUUUGGGAUUUGCUUCGAUGGGACAGGGUUUGUCUACUCAAGAGAAGGAGAUGGAGAAACCCGUGCAGCUUGUUUUGAAACGCGAGUUAGAUUGGGGCGGGACAGGAAAUGAAGGGGGAACAGAAAGGAAAUCAGAGGGUGAAGUGGUGGAUGAUUUGCUCUCAGCUUAUAUGAAUUUGGAUAAUAUUGAUGUUUUGCAUUCGUCUAGUAUGGAGGACAAGGAUUUGGAUAGUAGAGUAAGUGGUACUAGGACUAAUGAUAGUAGCGAGAAUGAAGUUGACAGCAAAAUUGCUGGAAAUUCGCGUAAUUCAGCUGAGAAGAGAAGCAAAAGGUGUGCUCCGGGAGACAUUGUUCCUGGUCCUCGGCAUUUCAGAAGUCUUUCUAUGGAUAGUUUUAUGGGGAAUUUGAAUUUCAGUGAUGAGUCGCCCAAGCUUCCUCCAUCUACUUGGACUCGAUCAGCUCAGCACUCACCCAGCAAUUCAUUUGAUGAGAACACUGAUAAAUUCAGUUUGGAGUUUUCCAAUGGUGAGUUUAGCCCUGCAGAGCUGAAAAAAAUCAUGGCCAGUGACAAAUUAGCUGAGAUUGCAAUGGCGGAUCCCAAACGUGUUAAAAGGAUAUUGGCUAAUCGUCAAUCUGCUGCUCGUUCCAAGGAGCGGAAAAUGAGAUACAUUGCAGAGUUGGAGCACAAGGUGCAAACAUUACAAACAGAAGCUACUACGCUGUCAGCUCAGCUGACACUUCUUCAGAGGGAUUCUGCUGGGCUGACCAAUCAAAACAAUGAGUUGAGAUUUCGGCUGCAAUCCAUGGAGCAACAAGCUCAGCUAAGAGAUGCUCUGAAUGAAGCACUUACAGCAGAAGUCCAGCGUUUGAAGCUUGUAACUGCAGAAAUUAGAGGGGACUGCCCUUCAAAUUGCUUGCCUCAGCAGAUGAUGAGAAAUAACCAGAUGCUGCAGAUGCAGCCUUCUCAAUACAUGUAUCAGCUGCAGCAGCAAAACGACCAAAAAGAGCAACCGGCACCACAAAAGAUCCAGGAGCCUCGGCAAAAUCAGUCUAUCCAGCCUCAGAAAGACACUGAGGCUACUAAGAGUUAGACGUGAUUGUGUUUCCCGAGCUUGCUUUCAGAAAUCGUAGGUGCCUUUCUCAGAUAUUUGCAGGCGCCUAGCAUGUAUAUGUUAUAUUUAAUGUAUGUAUGAUGCUUGACAUCCAUUCAUUCAAUCUUUCGUCCGAUGUAAUCAUUGUUUUCUCGACUCAGAUGUAUCUAAAACGAAAUUCAAACAGCGUACUUAGAUAUUGUUUGUUUGUAUGGCCUCCUACACAGAUCACUAGACAUGUUGAUGCUGCUGAGAAGUGCCUGUACUUCGAAAGGCUUAUCAAGCUUCUCUUGGUGGAAAGCUUGUGUACUAGUAAGUUGUGACUUUUAAUACAUGACAUGAUAUUUAUAAAAUAUUGGAUAGACUUUGUUCUGUAAAUAGUAAUUAAUUACCGUCCUGGUCAUGCGUUUAUUGAGUUCUUUUUCUCUUAUUUAUGUUUAUGCUAUUUCAUGCAACUAAUCAUACUUUUCCACCCAAUGUAUCACAAUAAAUUG